AUGGGCCAGCAAGAUCAUGAGAAACGACUGGACGGAGGAAGAUUGGAGUGGAGAGAGGCCGCGGAGAGCUUGAAGAAGGAAGUGAUGUAUAGGAAUCAACCGCAGAAGGCGAUAAUCCAGGAGAAGUAUAUUCUCGUGGGUCAACGGAUGGGAUUGAAGAGUAAGGCAGUUUUCGAAGUGAGAACGGCAACAAUCUCGACGUGGAAGCAGAAGUUUGGAUGGGAGAAAGUGGAGAAGGCGGUGGUUCUGGUCGAAUGGACGAAGGACGAUAAGCAGUUGAAGGCGUUGGUGAACUUGGUGGAGGAGAUAGCCAAGGAAGUUUGGGAAUUGGUGGUGGUACCGGCAAGAAUGGAGUGCGGAUACGACGAGGUUGGAGGAGUCACCGAAAAAUGGCAGAAAGUAAGGAAGACGGCGCUGAAUGUGGAAGUCGUAGAUCCAAUGACUCCAGUAGGACCCAAGAAGAUGCCGUUGAUCCUCUGCGACUUGAAACCAGGAUCGCUGGAGAAGAUGAUGGAAUACUUGGCGUGCGCCAUCCCAGGCCACUCGUUGGUGGAUCGACUGAGAGCAGACGUUGAAGACUCAGAGCCAAAGAUCAAGAAGCACCGUGCAAAUUGA